CUUGGGUGAGGGCGUCCCGACUCUGCCUCCGCCAUCUUUGUCGAGGGAAUCGUCUGAAGCGAGGCUGAGACUGAAACCUGAAGAGCUUUAAACAAGAGCAGAGUAAUAGAGAAUCGUGGUCUGUGGUUAUAGGUUAAGGUGGCUAACGCAGUGCCUGCUUUGGAGUCGUGAGGGCUUUCCGGCACCGAGAAGCGCGGAAGUGGGUUGGCACUUCCUGUUUCCGGUCGGUCUCCUCACAACCUCUCCGGAAGAGACUUGAGGCGGAGGGAAUGCGGAGCCGCAGCACAGAGGCGACCUCCUCACUGUACCAGUUUCCCACGUUGCUGCCCCUUUGAAGCAGAGGCACCAUGGUUUCAAAGCGAGCCUUCAUCUGUAGCCUGGGCUCCAUCUAUUUAUCCCUCCUCUUUGUGUUCCUGCUCAUGGAUGUCUACGCUCGGCCCGCCAACAACUCCGCCUUGAAAGAGAAGGCGGCCGACAACGCCAACAAGGACGAGAACGAGAUCCUGCCUCCGGACCAUUUGAACGGGGUCAAGAUGGAGAUGGACGGCCACCUGAACAAGGAGUUCCACCAGGAGGUCUUUCUGGGGAAAGAGAUGGAGGAGUUCGACGAAGACUCCGAACCGCGGAGGAACAGGAGGAAACUCAUGGUGAUUUUCUCAAAAGUCGACAUCAAUCGGGACAAAAAGAUCAGCGCCAAGGAGAUGCAGCGCUGGAUCAUGGAGAAGACGGAAGAGCAUUUCCAGGAGGCGGUGGAAGAAAACAAGAUGCACUUCCGGGCCGUGGAUCCCGACGGAGACGGUCACGUCUCCUGGGACGAGUAUAAAGUCAAGUUCCUGGCCAGCAAAGGAUUAAAUGAGAAGGAAGUAGCGGAAAAGAUUAAAAACAACGAGGAGUUGAAAAUUGACGAGGAAACCCAGGAAGUUCUUGACAACUUGAAAGACCGCUGGUACCAAGCCGACAACCCGCCGGCCGAUCUGUUGCUGAACGAGGAGGAGUUCCUGUCCUUCCUUCACCCAGAGCACAGCCGAGGGAUGCUCAAGUUCAUGGUCAAGGAAAUUGUCCGGGAUCUGGAUCAAGACGGCGAUAAGAAGCUGACGCUCUCCGAGUUCAUCUCUCUGCCCGUCGGCACGGUGGAGAACCAACAGGCCCAGGAUAUCGACGACGACUGGGUGAAAGACCGGAAGAAGGAGUUCGAGGACGUGAUUGACGCAGAUCACAAUGGCAUCGUCACCAUGGAAGAACUAGAAGAAUAUAUGGACCCCAUGAACGAGUACAACGCCUUGAACGAAGCCAAGCAGAUGAUCGCGGUGGCCGACGAGAACCAGAACCAUCACUUGGAGCAGGAGGAGAUCUUGAAAUACAGCGAGUACUUCACCGGCAGCAAGCUCAUGGACUAUGCCCGGAACGUCCACGAGGAGUUCUAGGCACCCACGCGGCCCCGGGGCUCUCAAAUUGCACCUUCUUGCUUUCCAAAAAAGAAAAAAAACGAGACAAAGAGAAAGAGAGAGAAAAGACAGUUUGCUGCUAUGUCUGUGUUCUGUGUGUAUACGGUGUGGUAUUCUAGACUUUUAUUUUAUAUAUAAAAGGAAGCCGUCCACAUGUAUUUAAAGAAAGAGCGACGGGAGAGGCAGCUCUCUUCCCUUGCGUUGCUUUCCGACAGGAUGCCAUCCGGCUACGGGACUCUCAUGCUUUCAUUUCACUCCCAAGAGGCGCUUGUAUUAUCCCAGGUUGUCUAGCGGGGUUUUAUUCACAACGGUCUUGUAUUGUGAGGAGGAGUUGCGACCCGAAUAAGAGGUCGCAUCGUUUCCAUCCUGGGUUUGAUGGCAAAGUUUUCAUGUUUAGAAUACAGACUGCCGGGAAUUGGAUCCAA